CUCAGCACCAACAUAUCCUAGAUCCCAUCCGUCAUGGAGACGCCCUACACCGACCACUUGAGCCUGGAGGACUUCGAGCAGGUCUAUGAGCCAGCGGAGGAUUCGUUCCUGUUGCUGGAUGCUCUGGAAAAGGAUCUGCCGUACCUGGAGCAGCUGCAGCCGCAUCUUUGCGUGGAACUGGGCUCGGGUUCGGGCGUGAUUAUCACGGCACUGGCCAAGAAACUGGCUGGUUGCUCCCUAUGCCUGGCCACAGACAUCAAUCCCAAAGCCUGUGAUGCCACCCGAAGAACUGCUGCCCGGAAUGGUGCGCGCUUGGAGAGCAUUCGUUGCAAUCUAGCCGAUGCACUGCGUCCAAAGUCAGUGGAUGUGCUGCUCUUCAAUCCACCCUAUGUGGUGACCAGCGACGAGGAGCUGCAGACGCAACAGUUCGAUUCCCACAGCGUAUCCUCAACGGAACGCAAUCUGGUCUUCUCCUGGGCCGGCGGACAGGAUGGGCGGCGCAUCACGGACAUUCUACUAAAGCAACUGGAUGACAUUCUAUCUCCCCGGGGCGUUCUCUACCUACUCCUUUUGCGGGAGAACAAGCCCGAGGAGAUUAUCAAAUACUUAGAGGGCCUCCAGUUCCGGGCUGUUAACUUCAUGGAGCGACGCAUUCCUGGCGAGCAUCUGUACAUACUGAAGGUCACCAGGUCCUCCUCAUCACCAUGACUCGUGCAAUAAUAUCAAAAACAAGUUGUAUUUUAAUUAAACGUUUUAUUUUUACAGUUUCUACAGUUCAUAGUUAUUUCCAGCUAUAUAAAGUUUGUAGUCGAUUAUAUCGGAGUUCCCUGAAUUUUUUCUAUAAAAUGUAAGAUAUAAAUGACAUAAAAUUAAAAAAAGAAAUUAGUUAUCAUUGAAA